AUCAGACAGACAGAGACUGGACCCAGUGAAGCGACAGAGGCAGUUCUCUCGUGGUUUAACAGGCUAUUCUCCGUCAGGAUCAGACUCAGAAUGAAUAUCCACCGUGUGCUGCUGUUCUGCUUCUUAUCAGCACUUUGUGAUGGAAACACCGGACUCGCCAAUGCAAACACAUUCAUCCGCACUGAGGGAGGAAGUGUGAUAGCCGCGUGUCCCUUCACUCUCUCCGGGAGGAAGAAGUUCCUCUGUAAGGGCGAAUGUAAAGAAGAAGACAUUCUCAUUGAGACAAAAGGCAGCAUGGCUCAGAGAGGCAGAUACAGCAUCAAAUAUAAAGAAGGAACUUUCCCGGUAUCUUCCACAGCUCUGUAUGUGAGCAUCACACAGUUGACCAAGGCUGACUCAGGACGGUACAGGUGUGGUUUGGAAAGACCUUUCCUACCUGAUUCGUACUGGGAGUUUGAGGUCAGAGUCACAGAUGCUCCAAAGACUUUCCCUGAGAUGGUGAAGCAGCCUGAACAGCAGCAAGCGGAGGAAACAACAGCUGCAGGCACAGCUUACAUGGUUAAAGUCUCUCAUCCAGGUUACGUCCUGCCUUUGGUUUUAUGUGUCUCUGUGCUGUUUGCUGCUGUUGUGUUGCUCUUUUACCAGUGGAAGACGAGGAGGGACUCUGACAGUUUGGACACCAGGGGGCAGUCUGACAGCAGAAACAUGGAGUUUGCUGUCCAUGAGAUGUGUGCUCCCGUCUCAGACACCACCUCCCCAGCUGUAGAUGAAACCAGCAGUGAUCAAAUCUACUGUAAUCUCUGACCUUUUAGUUUUUAUUUUUGCACAAUAACAACAUGUUGUCCUCUUAUUAUCAUUUUUAUCUUAUCUAUUGUACUUCUUCUUCUUGUACUUUGCAUAAAUUCAUACUUGAUAUAUCUAAUUAAAAUAACUCACAUAUUUGGCAUUUUA